CCUUCAAUCAUACCCCAAUUUUGUGGCAGGAAAACAAUAAAAAAGCUAAAUAAACACAGCGACUGAUUAAAAUUAAUUUUAUUCGAGAAAAAGAAACCCAAAGUAGAGGAUGAGACAAAAACCUUCUGUAGGAACGUCAGGCGCAGCGCCGAAGCCUGAAUUGAGCAUCCACUUAGCGCCACCAGCUACCACCGCACCGCCGCCGUCGCCGAAAUGCGAUGCUCACAAGUGUCCGUGGUGGCCGUACUCCAGCUCCAAGGAUUUCAAGGUAAAUACGGCCUUAGUCCUCGUUUUCCUCUUCUGCACAUUAAUCUGCGCUGCAGCAUUCAACGUCGCCGUCCGCUACAUCAUAAGACUGCACUGCGCGCGGCGGCGCCAGCUGCGGGAGCCUCCGAAUCAGAAGCCGGAGCUCGGAUGCGACACCGAGGAAAAGGAGGCGGAAGUUCCGGCGGUGAUUUACUCGGAGGGGGUGAAGCUGGUUGGGGGGGCGGCGGAGUGCGCGAUCUGCCUGUCGGAGUUUGCGGUUGGUGAGAGAAUUAGAGUACUGGAGGAGUGUGGUCAUGGAUUCCACGUGCAGUGCAUUAAGCGGUGGCUGGUUUCGUGCUCUUCUUGCCCAACCUGCAGGGCAAAUUGUUCAGUAAAAUCCAACUCCUCGCCGCCAUGAUUGUUUCCAAAUUCCAUACCCCAAAAAUAAAUAAAUAAAUAAAAACCAAAAGGAGUUUGAAGUAGACAAAAAAAGAUUGUUUAAUAUGGCAACUCAAGAAAGUAAAUAGAAAAAUCAAGCUGAGUUAGUAUAGAGAUUAUGGAUGAAUUUUCUGUUAACAAGUUUGAUUUUGUGAGUUCCAGUUUCAUUCAUCAUGAGUUUCGGAAAAUUUUAAUUUAAAUUAAAUUUAA